UGAAAUUUAUUUAAUUUAGUGACAAUGAUUAAUUGAUCAAUUAUAGUCCCAACAAUAGCAAUGACAGGAAAUUUAGCAGCUGAUAAAUUUAGUGCAGGCAAUGAAGCAUUUGCAGAUGAAGAUUAUGACUUAGCUAUACAAUACUAUACAGAAGCAAUAAAUCUUGAUGGUGAAAAUGGGGCUUACUAUUUAAAAAGAUGCAAUGCACGCUUAAAGAAAGAAGAUUUUGGAGGAGCUUUAGAUGAUGCUAAUAUGUCAAUAAAACUAAAUUCUGGAGAUGGUAGAGCAUUUCAAAGGAAAGGGUCAGCUUUGUUUUUUCUUGAAGACUUUGAUGGUGCACUUGAUGCUUUCAAGAGAUCGCUUGAGUUUGAUGCUAAUAAUGAGCAAAUAAAGCAGAGUAUACGCAAGUGUGAGGCUGAAAUUAACUUAAAAGAAGUAUUAAAAAAGAAUACAGAGGAAACACAAAGAAACAAGACUUUAAUUGGUCUUUCAAAUAUCCAUAAAGCAAAUGAAAAACAAGAUGAAGUUCCUCCAUCAAUUACUGAUGAUAAAACUACUGUAGUACCAACAUCUCUGAAAACUAAGUAUGAUUGGUAUCAGACUGAAACUCAUGUUAUUAUAUCAAUUCUUAUAAAAAAUAUCAAGGAAAAAGAUGUUAGUUGUCAUUUUGGAGACAAAACACUUAGCGUAACUAUCAAGUUGUCUCAGGAAAAUGAUUAUAGUUUGGAGUUGGACCUUUCUCAAAACAUUGUUCCACAUCAGUCUUUGUUUCAAGUUUUUUCUACAAAACUGGAAAUCAAGAUGAAAAAAGAGUCUGGUAUUAGGUGGGAUACGUUAGAAGAAGAUCAUACAAAAAUCACUGUUAUCAAAUCUCCUUCAAAAAGUGACACAGUAAAUCCUCACAAGUACCCUUCGUCUUCUCAUUUUGUUAAGAAUUGGGAUCUUCUUGCAAAGCAAGUUGAAGAAGAAGAAAAAAAUGAAAAUAAAGAAGGGGAUGGAGCCCUUAAUGCUCUCUUUCAACAAAUAUAUGCAGAUGGUUCUGACGAAGUCAAGCGUGCUAUGAAUAAAAGCUUUCAGGAAUCAGGAGGUACUGUACUGAGUACAAAUUGGAAUGAAAUUUCUAAAGAAAAAGUGGAGAUUAAACCUCCUGAUUGCAUGGAAUAUAAAAAAUACGAGUACUAACAUAAAUCUUUUUACCGCUAUUUCUAAUCUUACUGAAGCGUGAAAGUUUAUGAACUAAUUAAAUAAAUUAACAUACUUUUUGCUUUCAUUUAUGUCAAGUUCAAAGUAAAAUAGUUAUUCUUCCA